AUGCAACAACCAGUUUGUGAUUAUUCUCUGGAACUGGAUGAAGAAACUUACCCCAAAGCAGAACAUCAUCUAAACAAGAAGAUUGACCCACAUGAAGAGAAUGUUGAUUUGUCAGGAAACAGUGACUCAGAAAGUGACAACUUCCAGCCCUGCGAAACAAGGGCUAUCUCAAUUGGUAUGGACUGUAAAAUGUCACCAGUUGGCUGCAUCCAGAGAAGAAGUUGCAGUGAGCCUCCAAUCUUGCUAAAGGUUCCAUCAAAGGAGCACGAGGAAAGCUACAGUGCAGCUUUCCACUUUGACAGGCAUGCUCCAGGCAGAAUUUCCACCUCCCCAACGCUAAGGCGGUUAAGAAAUAGUGUGGCCUCCGUCUCGCAAGCUUCAGGACUUCAGGAAUGCUUUGAUGGCACUAGGUUGGGAAGCCAGAGGGAGCACGCUGGUUCCCUGCGGCAUAUUUGUAAAAGUCCACCUCGGUGUACUAUGUACUAUUCCUCUUCCUCAUUUUCAUUACCCUCCUGCAUUCAUGAAAAAUUGCUGUCUUCCAAAGAAAACUCUGAAACUCCAUUAGCUGCUUUGGAGACUUUUGACCUCAAAUCAAAGCUACCACAUCGAAAAGAUCAGCUCAGCAAUGGUAGUUCUGAGCCAGUGUUUCAAAAAGUGUGGAAGGUCAACACUGCUCCCCUGCCUGGGAGAGAACAAGUUUCCCAGCUUAACACUACUCAGCAGGCAUGUGUUCAGAGUAAAGACAAACAAAAGCAAAUGUCUGAUCUGAAAAACUGUCUUUCAACCAUUAAGAUCACAGACUGCAGCGGAUACGAGUUUCACAGUUUUAAGACUGAGGAGAAAGACACUGAUGAUCCAUUAGAAAUGAGGAAAGAAGAAGCUACGUGGGAACUUUUUACAAGUGAAUGCAGUUACUUUCUGGAUCGCUUACUGGUUCUCAAGAUGAUAUUUGUGAAUACGCUAAAAUACCUGCAAAACAAUGAGUUCCUCGUGGAUGUGGAUUUGUGGGGACUUUUUGCAAACUUGGAGGAGUUAAACCAGGUGAGUCUCAGUUUUGUGACUGAUUUUUUCAAAAUUAUAAAGGACCAUGUCACUGCAUCUGAAUCCUCCCUGGAUUUCAUCUCUGUACUCACAAAGUAUUUUCAAGGUAACCUCUGCCAGAUACACCAGAUUUACUGCCUUCAUUACACCUCAGCCAUCUUUUACUUGGAGAACCUGAGGCAGAGAGAAGAUUUUGGAAUCUAUCUGAAAUGGUGUGAACAAAAUGAACAGUGCAAACGACUACAUCUGCCAGAACUGCUGGUGGCUCCUUUACACAGACUGACCCGAUAUCCCCUCCUCCUUAACAACAUCUGGAAGAGAAGCACUGAUGCAGCACAGAAAGCCACCAUCCUCUCUAUUAAGGAAAAGGUGGAAAAGUCCUUACGAGAUCUUGAAGGAAAAGUAAAAUGGCUGGACAAUUUUCAGAAAUUUAGGCAGCUGCAAGAGGUUAUAAUUUGGCCUCCACUUUGGGAUCGUGACAAAAGGUUCUUUCUCCCAGAGUGUCUGAAACAUAUUUUAAGAGAAAACAUGAGUGAAAACAUCUUGUCUUCCUCAAAUAGACAGCUUCUUCAUGAAGGGAGGUUAACUCUUGCAGAAAGUACAAGGAUCCUUGAUGUCUACCUCUUUCUAUUCAAUGAUUUCCUAUUAAUUACCAAAACUAAACGCAACAAAAAGAAAUACGGGGGCUCAGACGUUGGUUUAAUACCUGUAUGCCCUUCCUUUUCUCCUGAGCUGCAGUCUUUGGUAAAAGAUGGUGGUUCUUGUACAGUCCUGGACCAGCCCAUUCCACUAGACAGACUGACACUCAAAAAUAUUGAUCCAUUCCAUGUGACAGUCCUUGGGCUGCGAAAUGCUUUUGUAAUACAACAUGAAAAUAGAUAUCAACAGUGCAUCGGAGUCUUCUUACUACAAGCACAAACAGAGACGGUCAAAAAAACAUGGAUGUCAGAGAUAGAAACUGCGGUCUCCAAUUAUGCCAACGGACACGAAACUCAGAAAAGCUCCUUUUUCUGUUUGCCAUCUGAAUCCUCUGAAAUUUAA